AUGGCACCUGAGACUUCCACCGAGAAAGACUACCGCUUCAUGGCGGAGUGUUUCAAAAACAUCGAUCACACUCGAGGCAAGGUCGACAUGGUCAAAGUGGCCGCUGCAAUGGGGUACAGCAACCCUCGCUCUGCCGGAAACCGGUACAAAGUUCUCAAAACAAAGCACGGUUUCGCGACGGACUGCUACUUUACCGGCUCGGUUGGAGCCACCCCGACCUCGCCCAAGAAGGGAGUUGCUCGGGCCAAGAAGACCCCAAUCAAAAAGGGGAAGCAAGGUGGAGACGAGCAUGACGAUGACGUGACUGAAGACGACAACGCCGGCAUCAAAGAGGAGGAGGAGAAGAAGAAGAAGAAGAAGAAUAUCGAGAGUGACGAAGAGAUCUAA